CAAAGUUUAGGACGCCUUGCCGGACUGAACGUUCAACAAAACUAAAUCAAUAGCAUCCGAAGAACAUAAUUCGGAUUCGUAAAACAGCUCAUCAGAUCAAAAUGAGUACAACUGCAGUCAAGCGCCCUUCAGAUGCACUAGUUCCAGUGAACAAUGCAAAGAAAACCCGUACCGAUAUCGUUGCAUACACGGCGAAAGAUAAACAACUUCUAGAGCAGAAUGUUGAAAGAACAUCCGGCCUGCUUGGGCCAAUAAUGCUACUUGAAGGGCACGGUGGGGAGAUCUUUUCCACCGAGUUUCACCCGGAAGGAGAACAUCUUAUGUCCACCGGAUUUGAUCGGCAAAUUUUUCUCUGGAAAGUGUAUGACGAAUGCGAAAAUGUAGGUGUUCUAAGUGGCCAUUCCGGGGCAGUGAUGGAGGCUCAUUUUUCUCCUGAUGGAUCCAACAUUUACACUUGUGCCACCGAUAAGGUGGUCGGAGUGUGGGAUGUGCCAACGUGCACUCGUGUCCGAAAGUUAAAAGGACACACGCACUUCGUCAACAGCUGCAGUGGCGCACGCCGCGGACCGACAUUGAUUGUAUCUGGGUCGGACGAUUCUUCGAUUAAAAUCUGGGAUGCACGCAAACGGCACGUUAUAAGCACGUUUGACAACAGUUAUCAAGUUACGGCGGUAUGUUUCAAUGACACAGCCGAGCAGGUAAUCUCCGGUGGCAUCGACAACGAAAUUAAGGUAUGGGACAUACGCAAGAAGGAAAUUCUUUACCGUCUCCGCGGUCACUCGGACACCGUUACGGGCUUAUCGCUAUCACCGGAUGGAUCGUACGUGCUCAGCAAUUCCAUGGACAACACGCUGCGCAUUUGGGACAUCCGACCAUAUGUUCCCGGCGAACGCUGCGUCAAGAUAUUUUCGGGUCAUCAGCAUAAUUUCGAAAAGAAUCUGUUACGCUGCGCCUGGUCUCCAGACGGGCUGAGAAUCAGUGCAGGUUCUGCGGACAGAUUCGUGUACAUUUGGGACACCACUUCCAGGCGGAUCCUGUAUAAACUACCGGGGCACAACGGAAGCGUCAACGAUGUCGAUUUCCAUCCUAACGAACCGAUAAUCGUGUCUGGUUCAAGCGAUAAAACGUUGUAUCUUGGAGAAAUCGAUGCUUAACAAAGUCCUAAUUUUACAAAUAAAACACAGAGGCGUAGAGGGAA